AUGACUUCACCAACGGGCUCUCGACCUGAAUCGUAUGCUGAAAACUUGUAUGCCGGGUUCUUUGGUGGUCACGAUGGAGAGCAUGUAUUGCCGAUCCGGCGGUUGACGAGAGAGGAUAUUGAAAAGGCCCUCGAUGCCACUGGCAGCACGAGAAUGAAGAAGCAUAAAGUGGAUCCUUUCAGCAAUCGCACGCUUGGCCUCGAUAGUCGUGGGAAACCUGUAUACAAUAUCACGUUGAAGACUCGUCAACCUGGUUCAUUAUUUACAGCCAACGAGGACAACAAUGAUGCAUCACGAGAAACGCCUACUUCCUACAUGACUCAAAAUGGACGUCUUCAGCUUUUACGUUAUCCACCUGUAUCAUUAUACGAUUUCGAUCAGCCUGUGGUCACCAAGCCUACUCCUUUAUCAAUCUUUUUGGAUGUUGAUCAAUAUACAGCCACGCGAAAACAAGUGAUGGAUGAUUUUGGCGGAAUGUGGACAGCCGAAUCCAUGCAAUUAGAUCAACCAGCAGUGGUACAACAAUCAUCGCCUACAAUAGAGCCACCAUCAUCAACAGACCAACAAGUCCCAACAACCGAUACAAUGGACCAAGAUCAGCAUUAUCAUCCUGCACGUUGGGUUCCUGUAUACGCUACCCCCUUCCAACAAUCAACUUGCGAUGAAUUUUACAAUCCAGAACCCAACGACGACAUGUUAUCUGCAAAAGUGGAUUUCAGCGAGACCAUUUCACGUUUGAAUCAUCCAUUGGAAGCGAUGGUAGAUGAUUAUGAUGUAACAGCUGCUGACAAGUGGAAUGGAUCCGGCAAAACACAAUUCAUUCGUGAUCUGAUCCAUGCUAUCAAUGAAGCACAAAUGUAUAUGAAAUUGGCCAUUGUGACCUACGACAUGAAUUAUGAAUCGUUCUUUUUCAACAUCAUCAAGAGGGAGCUUGGAUUACCAUGUGAACGAAUUAGCUCGGUAUUGGAUGAGAUAUGGGAGCGUGAAUAUGGUGUACUAUUCCCAACAAGCACCACUCAAUCGUAUGGAUCUGACCAACCCACAGCGGAUCUUGUGAUUGCUCUUGAUAUCCGGUUACGACCCAACAAUACUGUAUUCCAAAAGAUUGAAUCACGGAGCGAUAACAAUAACGGUCGACCUCCUUCGCUAUGGUUGGUGACAAUGGGCAGUGUUGAAAUGCGGGCUGCACAAUAUAUGGAAAAUGAUACGACUCGACAUGACCGAUGGGCCAAUGAAUGGUGGUGUGAUGCCCCUGGAUACUAUAAUCUUGUAUGGAAGCAAAAUACGUGGCCCACUGAACAAGAAGCAACGACACAAAGACAACACGUGGUCCAAUCCGUGAUGCAAUGGGUGAAAGGUGGUUGCCAUGGAGAAUUCCAAUACGUUCAAAAAACACCAUCAUCACAACGCGAUACCAUCACCACCACGACCACCCCCAUCAUCCCACCGCCAUCAACACCACCUGAAAUUCAUGUCGCUGAUUCAUCCACACCUCCACUACCUCCUUCAACGCCAACAGAACCAAGAACAACUGAUACAACCACCACACAAAUCAAGCAGUUAUUCCGAUAUCCAUCCAUGUUUUCAUCCAAGAUGUCAUCGCCGCUUCCCCAAUUUGUUGGUAUGGAAGAUGACGACUCGGCGUCAUCCUUUUAUUCUGCAAGUGAGUUUGUGGACACUGACAUAUCAGGUAUCAAGAACCAAUUGGGACCCUUACGAUCAGAAUACCAGAAUGAAUGUCAACUCAUCAUGGCCAAGUACAAGAAAGCAUAUCAAAUGGAGAUGGAUCAGCUACAGAAAAAGUAUGAGCAAAAAGCAUUGGAAGAACUACAAAGACGACAACAGCAACAACAACCCUAG